AUGCUCACUUUUCUUGUGAACAAGUUUAGACUGCAGAAUAAUAGCGAGUCUAAAACAGACCGAUCGGAACGCCACUAUGAUGGUUCUCUCGACGGGGAAACAAUAUACGAGUAUUUUGGCAACCGCGUUAUCAGGAGCCACAACGUCCCAGAUGGGCACCCUGUCGCUAUUAAAUUCAAAACGGUGGGCUUUUCCCGGGAAUCAGAGGCAGACAUGAUGGCCUACGCGCAUUCUCAGAAUCUCUUGGCUCCUGCUGUCUGGGAAUGCCGCCAACUCAACAGCCACCAAAUCGCCAUGGUUGCCGACUUUGUGCCAGGCAAUUCACUUGACAAGGUCUGGCCGACAUUGGAUGAACAACAACGCAUGUCGAUCAGAGAACAGCUUGCAGACUAUUUAAAACUUUUCAGGUCAUGCACCCAGCCAUAUAUUGGGCGUGUCAAUCGCCAACCCACACACAACCCAUAUGAAGGUAUCGAGACAAGGUUCAUGGGCCCAUUCAGUCCAGAGGCCGAGUUUGAUGAAUGGUGUCUUUCCCGUAUAAAGAACACGUCCGAAAAAAAGAAGUGGAGGAGGAAACUCGCUGAACUACGGAGGAAUAGCCAGUCGAAGUUUGUGCUCACGCAUGGAGACCUCUUUCCACGGAAUAUCCUUGUUAAAGAAGGGAAGAUAACAGGUAUUGUGGACUGGGAGCGUAGUGGGUUUUACCCGGAAUAUGCCGAGUACGCACUUGCCGCAUGUUUGUAUGAUUAUGGAGGAGAAGGGUGGUGGAAACCCAUACUGAUGGAAGCCUUGACUCCUUGCAUUCCAGAGCGACUGGAAGUUCAGAGUUUGAUAUACAAGCGAGGAUAUUGA